AUGGCUACGACUUCAAUCCAGGCUCCCAAUCUCUUCAACGUCAAUGGCCUCGUUGCCGUUAUCACAGGAGGCGGAUCAGGUAUCGGCCUCAUGAUGGCAAGAGCUUUAGCUCUCAACGGGGCCCACAGAAUCUACAUUGUAGGCCGCCGAAAAGACGUGCUUGAGAAAGCGUCCCAAUCUGUCUCAACAAACAACAUAUUCCCCAUCGUAGGCGACGUUACCUCCAAAGAAGCCCUCGCUUCUGUUGUCUCUACCAUCCAAUCCGAAGUCGGGUACAUCAAUCUUUUAAUCGCCAACUCAGGCAUCCUAGGCCCUCAAUCGGCGAUGCCACAAGCAGAAAUCAAAACAGUAGCAGAUUUCCAAAAAGCAUAUGGAGAGACGCCCUUUGACGAACAUUUGGAUACGUUCAAGCUGAAUACGACGGCGGCAUGGUAUACGAUUCUCGCAUUCUUGGGACUGUUGGACGAGGGGAAUAAGAAGGGGAAUGUUGAGCAAAAGAGUCAGUAUUGGGUCAGAUCAGCUGCGAUGUAUAACAUGGCUACACGAACAUUGAAGAUCAACAUCAUAAUCUCUGCUACUGGGCACAUUAUUUCGCUCUCGACUUUCCUGGAUUUGCUUGCUGACUCUUCCCAAGUGUUCCCCUCAGACUUGGCCGCACCCAUAAUCGGCAACGGGAUCUUUCCACGUGACAAGAUUCCUCUAGAGCGAGUAGGAACGGAAGAAGAUAUGGCAGGGGCGAUCCUUUUCCUCACAAGUAAAGCAGGAGCUUACUGCACGGGUAACGUGCUGUUACUCGAUGGUGGAAGGUUGAGCAUGCUUCCGGCGACUUAUUGA